GUUCCUCGAAAAUGAUGCAGUGUCGUGGGACCGUGAGUGAGUGAGAAGAGGACGUGAGAUCACCAUUAAAAGCCUUGUGAGUCGAUUGUUUGCCGUUUCUACCCAAUUUUCAUAGUAAUUUUCCUCCUUCCAAUGGAAAGAGAAUAAAAAAGUCACCAUUGAAGACAUCAAUGUUACACUAACGGGUGUUGAUUGUCGAGAAGAACGUGAGAAUGCCCAAACAUUGGGCAAUUUGAGGUAUCGCAAUUGCUCCAAUUUCUCCCUCAAGAGGGAAUUGAAACACUGCAGGAGAGAUUCAACAUAAUAAACAAUGUCGGCCCCACCACCCCCACCGCCACCAGCAUUUAACAUCAGCAGCGUAUCCAGCGCUGAUCCACAGGGUAGAAAUCAAUUACUGCAGUCAAUUAGAGCUGGAAAGCAGCUGAAAAAAACGGUCACUGUUGAUAAGAGUGCACCAGCAAUCUCAGGAAAAGUAAAAAAUGGCUUGAGUCCGAAUUCUCCAGCAUCUCCGAGUGUCCCCUCGAGUACCAAUAGUACGAUCACAAGUGGCCCAAUGGCUUUAGGUGGACUAUUCGCCGGAGGGAUGCCAAAACUGAAGCCCACCGGCUUGAGAACAGCAAUAGUCGAGAAAGAAGUCUCCUCGCCCCCGGCUACCCACUCCUCAGGAACGAUGAAGCGGGGCCCACCCCCAGUACCUCCCCCAGCGGCGCAAAAGCCACAAAUGCAGACUGAAAGUCCCCCAGAGCCAUCGAAAGGCUUUGGAAAACCAACCCUGGCGCCAAAGCCCCCUGGACCUCCCCCAGCCAUCAUCUCGGGCUCCUCGACCCUCCAGAAGCCUUGCCCACCACCAAAAAAGCUAGAUUUACUUCGCAGCGGUGGUGUAUCGAGGGCUCAAAGCAUGCGACUGCCCCGCUCACCCCCUGUCCUGGCUCCAAACUCAUCAUCACUCCACCAAUCUCAGGACUGUCUCAACGAGACCCACCAGAGGCCCAUAAACAGAGUCCUGAGACCACCAGUGGCACGACCGCCCUCACCUCCGAUUUCCAGAAACCCCAGUGGAUCCUUAGGGCCGACAAUGCGCGCAGCACCACCUCCACCGUCGAGAACCACCGUGACAGCCCCUAGUAUGCCACCACCGCCCCCACCACCCCCCCAUCGUUCCAUUGUGACUCAUCAGAGAAUAGCUCCUCAACCACCACCCACACCACCAACUCGGAACCUAUCGUUAUCAAAUGGUCAGAGCUCAGCGACAAGUAGUCAAGACCUUGAAGCAAGAUUUAUCGAUCAAUUUCACUCCAUAUCGACAUUCCCGUCACCAGAGCCAUUUCGAGGUGUACAAAAAUUCUACAAUAGUAAAAAUGCAGCAAAGCAACAAGCACCGGCACCACCUCUGCAAUCGAGUCCCACACCCAGUACCAUGGUUCAAUUGAACGCUUCAGCUGGUGGUAGACAGUGGCAACACAAUGCAGCAUCCUCGGCGUGUUGAUAAAUUGUUCAUUAAUCAUUAAAUCGAUAGUUACGCGAUGGGACUGUUAUUUUGUAAAUAACAUUAAUUUCCACUGAUAUUGCUGCAAAUAAAGCUCAACAUCGAUGAUUUAUGAGGAGCCGUUGAGUUUAUGCAUUAAUGGCCAAAUGUAUAAUUUAUAAAUAUAAAUAGUCAUUUAGAACGACCAGUAAAAUUGUAAUACUAUUAAACAGAUCAUAAUUACA